UUUCCUCGCGAGAGACGACUAGCUCAUGCUCGCCGCAGGGGUCGGAGGUCAGGGCGAGCGUCUCCCGGGCCGAAGGAGGAAGAUGGCGGUGGAAUCGCGCGUUACCCAGGAGGAGAUUAAGAAGGAGCCGGAGAAGCCGAUCGACCGCGAGAAGACCUGCCCGCUCCUGCUGCGGGUCUUCACCACCAACAACGGCCGCCACCACCGAAUGGACGAGUUCUCCCGCGGGAACGUGCCCUCGAGCGAGCUGCAGAUCUACACCUGGAUGGAUGCAACCUUGAAAGAACUGACUAGUUUAGUAAAGGAAGUCUACCCAGAAGCGAGAAAGAAGGGCACACACUUCAAUUUUGCAAUUGUUUUUAUGGAUCUUAAAAGACCUGGAUAUCGAGUUAAGGAGAUUGGCAGCACCAUGUCUGGAAGGAAGGGCACUGAUGACUCCAUGACCCUGCAGUCACAGAAGUUCCAAAUAGGGGAUUAUCUGGACAUAGCCAUCACGCCUCCAAACCGGGCACCUCCUUCAGGACGGAUGAGACCGUAUUAAAUUCUAUUGACUUUCUUGAAGUUAUUUUUAAGCCAGUUUGUAAAAUAAACUUACUUAAUCUUUUCCUCCCUUGAACCUUGCCAUUAAGCCUUUAAAUUCUAAGCAAAUUGUAACACAUUUAUUUAGGAAUUAGAGUUGGAUGUACUUUGGUAUAUUAAAGUCUGUAUGUUUUAAGCCCUUCUGUAAAAUAUGAAGAAAAGUGCUCUUAGCAUUCUAUAUAAAACUAUUGUGAAAUACGUGUGCAAUUAGCCCAGGUGUGAAAGUUAAUGGAGAUCUGGGAACAGAGUCUCACCACAUGGAUUUUUACUAAGCAGCAGAGGACAUUUUAAGCCCUAAAGAGGCAGAACAAGAAAGCCAUGGGGUUGUAUCAAAUGGUGCAGUAUAUGUUUGUGGCUUUAGACUGUAGGCCUGUGUGAAUAAGACAAGUUGAAGAAACCAUCUUAUGUUUGGCUCACGUUGGUGACACAAGAUAAAAUAGGUGGUAAGAGCUGGAGAGACAGCUCAGGUGAAGAGCACUUGCUGCUCUUGCAGAGGACCCAGGUCCUAGUCCCAUUCAUUAUCUGCAUGAUGGCUCACAACUCUGUAACUUUAGUCCUAGGGGUUCUGACCCUCUCUCUUGACCUCGGCACCAAGCAUGCAUGUAGUAAAGAGAGGAAAUGAGUCAGAGCCUAGGCUCCAGUGAGGCUUACCUGGGAAAGCUGAGAAUGGAGGGAGAGCUGGAAGGAAGCAUGUUCUGUGAAGUGCUGGGCAACUGUGAAAGCUCUAGAUGAGUGAGUGCCUGUAGAGCAGCAGGUGAGGGGGCUGAGUGGGUAGGUCACUGACUGGGUACCUUGGUUUCAGUAUCAGAUGUGUAAAUGCGCACCCUGGCACAUGUGUGUGAAGGGCGAGUCAGGAGGGGGGAGAGUUAAAUAGUGACUGACAUGAAGAACUGGACUUGUCCUACCGAUUUCUAGCUUAUGCGGGACGGCUUAGCUGUCCCAGAUACUGCAGAGCAUACUGCCAAGCACCAUCCCAAACCUCCAUAGCUGAGGUGCGGUGACUGACUUCGAUCCACUUGGUAAGGCUGUGCCUCUUGAGUUCAAGACAGGCAUUUGGAUUAACUGACCCUGACCCUGCUUUAUUGAAUUCAAACACAAAUACAAACUCCAAUCUUAAGUGGUUAAGAGUAGCAGAACGAUGGCCUGUCUGGUUUGUUGCCUUAAACACUUGCCAAUGGCUAUGAUUUCCUAGGGCUGGCAAGAAAAUAAGCUUCUAAAAGUAUUUAUCCUAUUAGGAUUAAUUUUGAUCAGGUAACCAUUCUUGGAAGACAAAAAUUAGAUUAUUUUUUCCCCCCAAAUGAGGAAAUUCCUAGGGGGGCAGUAAGCUAAAACCUAAGAUCAAGAUAAACUACAUUUGUUUAUUUGGAGGAAGGGGAGUGUGAGUCAGGGCAACUCUUGGGAAUUGGUUCUCUGCUUCCACCAUUGAGUCUCACAGAUCACACUCAGGUUGUUGUCAGACUUGGUAGCAGGCACCUUUACCCACUGAUCCAUCCCACCUGCCCAAAGAGCAUCUGAACAUACAAUUUUUAUUUGAUGUGUUUGAGUGUUUGCCUGCAUGUCUGUCAUGUGGAUGCAUGGUCCAUUUAGAGGUCAGAGGGUAGUGUCAGACCCCUGGAACCGGCACUACGGUCAACUAGCUGUGUGUCUGCAUGUGGAUGCUGGGAACCAAACUCCUCUGCAGAAAUAACAAGUGCUCUCUGUAGCCCUUGUUUUUGAGAUAAGGUCUCCCUUUGUAGACCAGGCUGGCCUAGAAUUCAAAGAUCUGACCCGCUUCUGCUUUCUAUCCUGGGAUCAAAAACAUGGGGGACUACACCCAGCACAAAGCAUUAUUAAUACUAAACACAAGUCACUUUAAUAAGCAAGUCACCUGGGAAUGUUACAGUCAUUACCCUGGAAAGGUGCUGUGGGAGACAUUUGGGGUUUGGUUUCUCAAGACAGGGUUUCUCUACAUAUCCCUGGCUAUCCUGGAACUUGCCCUGUAGACCAGCCUGGCCCUGAACUCAUGGAUCUGCCUCUGCCUCCUGAGUGCUGGGAUCAAGCAUGUGUUACCACUGCCUGGCUUGCCUAGCCAGGUGACUCAGAACUUGGCACACAGCCCAGGGUCAGCUGUUUUCCAUAGAGGGAAACAUGCCUGCCCCUCUGCUCUGCACCUUAGGUUAUUCUGAUGUCCUGACCCUACUCAGCUGCUUUAACCACUUCCAAGGAAACUUCAUGUACAGUAACUUAAAUAAAAACAUUUUUUGAGAUGGUG